GCUGCCAAAACUGUCAGUAGUAAACACAGAAGCGCGUUUGGAAAUGUUUUAACGUUUACGAUGUCGUUUUUCGUGACCAAGUACACAGGUCUUCACCGUGCCCUUCGUUUAGGGACAUAUGUGAGCAUAAAACAGACGCAGCCUGUUUGUGGGAAUGAAAGAAGAUACACCAGCACAUCUGACGAAACCAGAAGAAUUCCCAAGAUAUACACAAAAACUGGAGAUAAAGGUUUUUCCAGUACCUUCACAGGUGAGAGGAGACCAAAGGAGGAUCAUAUAUUUGAUGCUUUGGGAACAACAGAUGAAUUAUCAUCAGCAAUUGGGUUAGCCAGAGAAUUUUGCAUUGAUGGUGGCCAUUCAUUCACAGAUCAGCUGGAGAAGAUCCAGUGUGUACUACAGGAUGUCGGGUCAAAUAUUGCCACUCCCCGCUCAUCAGCUAGAGACAGUCAUAUCAAGAAGACAAAGUUCAGCUCUCAGGCUGUGAUUGAGCUGGAGAAGUGGAUUGAUUCGUUCACAGAGGCGCUGCCUCCACUCACCAACUUCAUACUUCCUUCAGGAGGAAAAAGCAGCGCAGCUUUACAUGUGGCCAGAGCAGUGUGUCGACGGGCUGAACGCUGUGUUGCCCCUGUUGUCCGUUCGGGUGAGACAGAUCCGGAAGUUGCCAAAUAUUUGAACAGAUUGAGUGACUACUUGUUCACAGUGGCUAGAUAUGCUGCAAUGAAAGAAGGCAAUGGAGAAACAAUCUACAAAAAACCUGAAUAGGGGAGGAAGAAAAUAUCUCAGUGUCUCAUCUAGAAUUUGAGCCAUGUUGCUCUUGUUUUCAAAUCCCAUUAUAUAAAUACAAAAGGUUCAGACAGUCUGUCCCAGAGUGCACUGUAUAUUAAGUUUUUGAGAAUACUAUAAGGAACAAUAAACAAUUAGGGAACAUGGUAGUUUAAGAGAAUUUUUACUGAAACACUCUGUAGUCAUAUUCUGAGUUGCUAAAUAGUCUUCAGUGAAACUUUGUAUUACAUUCAUGAUCCCAUAUUUUACCGAUAUGUAAAGUUAAAAAGUGGAUUUAAGAUUUUUGUUUGUUUGGUUUUUUUUUAAUAUUUAACAAAAUAGAGUAACUACUGUGGUAAAAAUGUGUAGAAGUGUUGAUUUUACGAUAUAAAUUCAAUACAUUUUGUGCUGCAUAAUAUUUUUGUGAAUACCGUGAUACAUUUUGGUGAACAGAAAAGUUAGGAAACCAACAGAAUUUAUUUGAAAUAGAAAUCUUUUGCAACAUGCAAAUGUCUUUACUGUCACCUUUUAUUAGUUUAAUGCAUCCUUGCUAAAUAAAAUUUCAUUUAUAAAAUCAUUUUAUUUCUUUUUAAAAAUACAGGUAGCAUUAGUGUUUUCUCUCCUGAAUGAAUGACUUCUGUUUGCGUAAUUCUAAUCUGUAAAUCACUGGAUGAAAGUAUUUGUUAAAUGAAUAAAUGGAUAAAUGAA